UAGGGUUAGGGUUGAAUAAGGUGACAUUAUGCCAUCAGAAUUGUAUUCGCGAAAACAAUAUGUCGUCUUUUUUAGAAAAUGACGUUUGUUUCAUUUUUAUUCAUAAACUUCGUCAAGAUUGAACCGGAAGAGGAAAUUAGGAAGUUCGACAUGUAUGACGUAGUAUGUUCGGAAGUAGUUGCCCACCGCUACACAAUAAUUUGAAAAAACAAAAAACAGAUUUAUAUUCUAUACGUUAACGCUUAUCAUUUUUCCCAGUAUUUUUUUUUUUUAAUUUUAUUCCAAAGAGAAGGUUAAAAUAUUUGAAGUUCUUUCAGGGAUUUAAGAGAAACCGACACUCCUUUAGGUCUGUUUACUGUUUCAUAAAAGCCACUUUCAAGGUUCGGUGAAUUGAAAUGCCAGCACCUCCACCCCCUGUCACCAUGCCUGUUCUUUUGGAGAGACCAAAACUGUCCAACGCCAUGGCCAGAGCUUUGCACAGACACAUCAUGAGGGAGAGAAAACGCAAGAGACAAGAGGAGGAAGAAGUGGACAAAAUGAUGGAACAGAAGAUGAAAGAGGAAGAAGAGAGGAAAAGGACAAAGGAGAUGGAGGAAAGAAUGUCUCUGGAGGAAACAAAAGAGCAGAUUCAGAAGUUGGAGGAGAAACUGCAGGGUUUGCAGGAGGAGAAACAUCAGCUGUUCCUGCAACUUAAAAAAGUCCUUCAUGAAGAGGAGAAGCGCAGAAGAAAGGAGCAAAGUGAUAUUACAACCCUGACUUCAGCCAGUUACCAACCCAGUAUACCUCUGCACUCAGGACAACACCUGCUCAGCCUGCAAGGCAGUCCUGUAAGCCACAGUAGGCCUGGAGGUCUGUUGCCAGAACGUGGGAAACAGUUGUUUCAGACACCUGGUAUCCCUGGCCGUCACUUCCCUGGUCAGCCUGCUUUUAUUCCAGGCUCUACUGAGCAUGCUCAGUUUUCAGCCAGCCCUGCAGUUCACGAGGCGUACGCAGUCACGCCGGCUCAACACCCCUCCACCUACGGUCCAGCCGCAUCUGUCCCCAUCAGCUUCUCAGGAGCGCCAAUCAGGACUGGUGCUUCUGCUUUCCAGACCAUGCCCUACCUGCCCCAUCAGCCCCAGGGUUACCCUGUCCAUAGCCACUUUGCUUCCCAGCAAGGAUUCCUCUCCAGUGCCACUAUACCCCUUCAGAAGCAGCUAGAACACGCCAAUCAGCAGUCUGGCUUCACUGACUCGGGUGCCCUGAGGCCCGUACAUGCACAGGCUCUACACGUAAGUGCUGCAGGACUACUGCCUUCACCUUCACUAGCUGUUCAAUUUCCUAACGUAAAGGCCCAGUUUCAGGGUUCUCCUCAGCCAGCUCCCCGUCAUGCUUACCUCUCACACCCACAAGCUGGACAGAGAUUCUAUCACCAUAGCAAGUAACUAAAAGCAGACAACGUAAAAAAAAAAAAAAAAAAUUAUGAAAUUUACACUCUUCAUGUAGACAUUACAUGAGGGAAUCGUUUAAUUAAUAGCCAUUGCUUACUUGUUUUUUUUUCUUUUGUAUAAUGGAUACACUGGUUGUCAAAAGUGAUUCGAUCAUGGAUUUAAUGCAUUUGUUCAAAUGCGAUAGAAAUGUCUGAUAUAGAAAGUAGUUUCGAACAGACUGAAUAAAAAUACACAUGUGAA